AUGGUGUUUCUCCUUUUCCCCUUCAUAGACCCUGGACUUGGCAUGCAGAGGCCUCAGGACUUCGUUCCUGUCAUGACCACUCCAAAUGGAACUCUGGUACACCCAGUGUAUUUCCUGCUGGUGGGCAUCCCUGGCCUGGGGCCUAAACACUUUUGGCUGCCUUUUCCACUGUGUUUUAGGUAUGCCUUGGCCACUCUGGGCAACCUGGCCAUUGUCCUCAUCAUCCAUGUGGAAAGGCACCUGCAUGAGCCCAUGUACCUCUUCCUGGCCAUGCUUUCCACCAUUGACCUAGUCCUGUCUUCUAUCACCAUGCCCAAGAUGGCCAGCCUCUUCCUGACAGGCAUCCAAGAGAUAGGAUUCAAUGUUUGUCUGGCCCAGAUGUUCCUUAUCCAUGCUCUGUCAGCCAUGGAGUUAGCUGUCCUGCUGGCCAUGGCUUUUGACCGCUUUGUGGCCAUCUGCCAUCCACUGUGGCAUGCUUCUGUGCUCACAGGGCCUACUGUGGCCAAGAUUGGACUAGCUGCCCUGACCAGGGGAUUUGUUUUCUUCUUCCCUCUGCCCUUCAUCCUGAAGCGGUUGUCAUACUGCCAAACACAUACUGUCGCACACUCCUUCUGUUUGCACCAAGAUAUUAUGAAGUUGUCCUGUACUGACACCAUGGUCAGUGUAGUAUACGGACUCUUCAUUAUCCUCUCAGUGAUGGGUGUGGACUCCCUCUUCAUUGGCCUCUGUUACAUUCUCAUCCUGAAGACUGUGUUGGAGUUGUCUUCUCUGGGGGCAGCACUCAAGGAUUUCAACACCUGCAUCUCCCAUCUCUGUGCUGUCCUGGUCUUCUGUGUGCCCCUCAUCGGGUUCUCGGUGGUGCGCAGGCUGGGGGGCCCUACCUCCCUGCUCCAUGUGAUUAUGGCUAAUAUCUAUCUAUUACCACCUGUGGUCAACCCUGUUGUCUAUGGAGCCAAGACCAAGGAGAUCCGUUCAUGGAUCCUCCAUAUGUUCUCACAGGGUGGUAGGUGA